GCGGGAAAAUUGAGAGGCAUAAUCGUAGGGCAUUUUUUUUUUUUUGUUUCAUCUUUGGUUCUCGACUUCUCGUCUCGUCAGAGCCUCGCCGACAUAAUCCUAUGCGUCGAAACCCUUUGCACUGAAGCCCGAGUGGCACAAUCGAAUCCACGAUUCGCUGACUUUUCUGCUCUUACUUGUUUGUUCUUCUAGUGUCCCGAUUCUGUGAAGGAGACUAGUGAGGAAUUCAGUUAAGGUUGCAUUGCUCUUUACUUUGCCUCACGAGAAUGGAGGACGUUGAAAACAUAGAAGAAGAUGAAUGUGGUUUCUCAAGAAACUACUUUCUGGCAAAAGAAUUGGGUGGCUCAAGCAAGCGGUCAGCGCACAAGCUCUCUGAUAUUAAUAUUGUUGAUGAGCAGGAGCUUAGAGAAACAGCAUUAAAUAUUGAAACCAAGCACGAGAAAGAGAUUUCUGAGCUUCUGAACGAUUACAAGACUAUGUACCCAAAGUGGGUCUUUGAGCUCAGGUGUGGAUUUGGCCUUCUAAUGUACGGCUUUGGAUCUAAAAAGCUUUUAAUUGAAGAUUUUGCUUCUGCUUCUUUGACUGAGUAUUCCGUUGUGGUCAUCAAUGGCUACCUCCCUUCAGUAAAUCUAAAACAGGUUCUUUUAGCGUUAGCUGAUCUUCUGUCUGAGCUGUUGAAAUGUAGAAGAAAGAGUUCUGGAAGCUUGUCUAAAGGUCAAGAAACAUUCCCUUCACGCUCCAUUGAUGAAAUUCUUUCCUUUCUGCAUGGCUCACAGUCCGAAGACAAAGACUGCUUCAUAUGCGUUGUUGUUCAUAACAUUGACGGCCCAGCUCUAAGGGAUCCUGAAUCACAGCAAACUCUCGCCCAGCUUGCUUCUUGUUCACACAUACGCAUUAUUGCCUCUAUUGACCAUGUGAAUGCUCCAUUAUUGUGGGACAAGAAAAUGGUGCACAAACAGUUUAACUGGCUAUGGCACCAUGUCCCAACAUUUGCACCAUACAAGGUCGAAUGUGUAUUCUUCCCAUUGGUUCUUGCACAGGGAAGCACAGCCCAAACCGCCAAAACAGCGGCCAUCGUUUUACAGAGUUUAACACCAAACGCUCAAAACGUCUUUAAGAUUCUUGCUGAGUAUCAACUUUCUCACCCAGAUGAGGACGGCAUGCCCACUGAUGAUCUGUAUUCAGCCUCUCGGGAACGCUUUUUUGUGAGCAGUCAAGUGACUUUAAACUCUCAUCUCACUGAAUUUAAAGACCACGAACUGGUUAAGACCAAGAGAAACUCCGAUGGACAAGAGUGUUUGAACAUACCUCUCUCUGCUGAUGCACUUCGACAGCUCUUGCUUGAUCUUAAUCAGUAGCUUUCGAUUGUAUCUAAUUCUGUGAGAUAUGAUUCAUUUCUAUUGCAUG